UACAAAUAAUGGGAUCUAUAGGUGGAUGAUUCUCCAAAAACACCCAUAGGAAGAAAUCGUGUUACAAAUAAUGGGAUCUAUAGGACGAUGAUUUUCCAAAAACACCCAUAGGAAGAAACUACUUUCGUCAACCAUGACUCGACCCGGCGUAGAAUAGCAGAUACACUGCAAUCAACAAUCACGAACAUGGAAGACGGAAUCUCAACUGACCGGAUCAAGCUCAACGUCGGCGGAAAACUCUUCGAAACCACCGUCUCCACCCUCCAAUCCGGCGGCCCAGACUCACUCCUCGCCGCCUUAUCCAACCGCCAACACCACUCCUCCUCCACUCCAAUCUUCAUCGACCGAGAUCCAGAAAUAUUCUCCGUCCUCCUCUCCCUCCUCCGCACCAACCGCCUCCCCUCCACCUCCCGCCGCUUCACCGAUCAAGAACUCUCCGAUGAAGCCUCAUACUACGGCAUCGAAUCUCACCUCAAGUCUGCCAUGCUUCCGAAUCCACUCUCCGGCAUCGACGCUGCUAUCGUCUCCACAAUUCGACCUGCAUCUGACGGUUUUGUAACCGCUUUCACGGCGAUUGACGACGGAUCGGUUUGGAUAGCUCACGGCGGCCAGAUCUCUGUUUACGAUUGGAAUCUAACGCACGCAGGUACUGUACGGACUCACCUUGACUCUAUUACUUCUAUUAAGCAAGUGACGUCAACUCCGAUAACCGCCGUUGCUUCGGAUGUUGCUUCCGGUGUUCAUUUCUAUAACUUCGCUAACGGCCGUCGCGUCGGCUCCGUCGAGUGGAUCGACCGUACAGAUCCUCGGAUCUAUAAAGCUCGAGUAACCGCAGUAACCGACUCACCGGAUCUCGUGUUUUCCGCUUUCGAUUCGCACCACAAGGAGAAUUGUGUACUCGCGAUUGAUAAGUCAACGCUCCAGGUGACGUCAGAAAUCGGUAGACAGUCCGGAAAUUCAUCGAAAUCGACCGUUCCUGGAACCCUAACUUACGUGAAGGAGCUUGGAGUUCUAGCUGCAACCGCAAUAACGUCUGGAGCGUUCGGUUUCUCUGGUUACAUUCGUCUAUGGGAUCCGAGAACAGCGCAUGUGGUUUGGGAGACGAACGAGCCAGGUUCGGGGCGGAGUAGUAGGUUUGGAGAUUCGUUUGCUGAUGUUAGUUUUGAUGUGGAUGAACUGACUAUGUGUAAGAUAUGUUCGAAGUCUGGUGACCUGGCGAUGGCGGAUUUGAGGAAGUUGGGGGAUGAUCCGUGGGUGUAUUUACGAGAGACGAAUCCGAGUUUGAGGAAUACUAGUGGAGGGAUUAGUAAUAGUGUGGUGCAUUGUUAUAAGAAACAGGUUUUUGUUGGGAGAGAUGGUGGACUUGAAGUGUGGUCUCGAGUUGCACAGAAUGGUGAAAGUGAUAGGGAGAUUGGUGAAGAAUCGUUCAGGAGGAACUACAUUGAUAAAGUGCAGGAUUCGGAGAGAGGGAUAAUCAGUAAAAUCGAAGGGGGUGGCGAACGGCUUUUUGUUAGCAGGGAAGAAGCUGAAGGGCUUGAGGUAUGGCAGAGCUCUGUGUUUUCUGGUGCUGUUUUGGUUCUAUGACACUUGAGAAUCGACAAAUGAACCCGAGGCAUCAUUCAUGAAGAAUGCAAUAACACUUUUUGUACUAUAUAAUGAUUCUGUGCAUACAUGAAGCAAGAAAGGCGCAAAGAUUGCAUAUUGAGGUAGUCGUGUUACUAGCUUUUAUCAUCUUAAUACCUCAAGAUAUGUCAUUGCCUUUUGACUUAUGCUUUGUGCUUAUGUUGCUCUAGAAUCCUGCAAUUUAUCUAUAUAGAGGCUCAUUUGCUGUCGUUAGUUGUCUUAGAAUUCAAUAAGUUGACUGCUUACAGAUUUGCACUUCUGUGAACAUAAGUUAACAGGAAUUGUUGAGUUGGGAUUGUUAA